UGCUAAGUGUAAAUAAAAAUAUUACAAGAAUUUUAUGAAAUCCGUAAUAAGUUAGCUAAUAUUAAAUAAAAAUGAUAUAAAAAAUAAAAUAUGCUUUUUAUGAAAUAAGUUAUAAGUGCUAUGUGCAUAUAAAAAUCGUAUGUACUAUUAAACUAAGCCAUCACACAUAUUGAGAUCUUUGCUAGACACAAUGGAAUAUACAGCUCAAAACCUAGAAUAUGCUGUAUCCGUGUUUUAUAAUGGAGAGCAGGCGGAACGUACGAAAGCGCAUUCUUGGUUGACAACAGCACAAAGAGCACCAGAAGCUUGGAAUUUUGUUUGGGAGCUAAUGCAACCUACUAAGGGAACAGAAAUCCAGUUUUAUGCUGCAACAACAUUACACACAAAAAUAUUACGAUGCUGGAAUGAAGUGCCAGAAGAGAGCUACGAAGAACUCAAACAAAAGUUAUUGCAGGCUGUAAUUGGAUAUGCUAAAGGCCCCAUUAUUGUCACAAACAGAUUAUGUAUUAGUUUAGCUGCAUUUAUCCUGCAGCAGGGUUCAAAGGAUUUGGCAGAAAUUUUACGCCCAUUAUCAACACCAGAGAAUGCCUCCCUACUGCUAGAGGUCCUUACUGUGAUACCCGAGGAAUACACCAGUAUGACAAUGAGAACAGCACUGAGGUCGAAAAAUCGCGCAGCUUUGAAUCAAGCUAGCCAUAUGGUUUUAGACGACAUGCUAAGAUGCCUGCAAACAGCUUUUAAUGACUACAGCAAAGAGCCACCAAACGAAGCUACUAUCUUGUCUUGGACCAAUGCAGCGAACUGUGCAGCGAGUUGGCUGAAUAUGGACGGUGAAGAUUCUCUCGAGAGUGGUGCUACAACAUUGCCAGAACGUUUGACCUUGUGUAGGGCGUUACUGACUGCGGUGCAUGUUUUAUACACCUGGAGCUCACAAUGCAGCGACGGCGCCGUGGAGACGUGCGAGGCGUGUCUGCAGUGCGUGCGCGCGGCCGCCACCACCGGCGCCGCGGACCGCUACCCCGCCGCCGCGCUACAGCUCAUGGCCGACCUCGCCGCGCUCGCCGACCGCGUGCUACAGACGCCGCUAGAUAUUGAUGCCCCGGAUUGGAUCAAUGAGGAGCUAGUAACGGCGCUUGUGACGUGUUGCGUGGCGACGUGCGAGUGUCACACGCGCGCCCUUGUGCUGGCGGUGGAGGGGGUGGAGUCGGACGCGGCGGGGGGCGGGGCGGCGCGGUUAUUACAGCUGAUGCUCGCGGCGCAAGCGGCUCCCGGACACUACCCGCUGCACGAGACGCGCUCGAAUUUGUUGUUCAGCGUGUGGUAUACAUUACAGGACGAAAUAUUGAACAUGGCCGACGGUAAAAGCAAAAUAAAUCCAAUAUGGCAAGAUGUUUUCACACAGUUGCUUCUUGCUCUGAUUAAGAAAUCUGAGAUGCCGGCGGAAUCAGCUCUCUCCCGUGACGAUCAAGAACUGCUGCGCUGUUACAGACAAGACGUUUCAGACGCCGUUAUGUACUGCUUCAGUAUACUCGGCGAUAGAUGCUGGGAGGUGACGGCGGGGGCGUACACAGCAGCAAACACAGAAGCGUCACGGGAAGCGGCGUUACACGUGUUCGCGUCGUUAGCGGACGCGGCGCCGCACGGCCGCUACCCCCCGCCCCUGCCCGCGUUGCUUCAACACUCGCUAAGAGUUGCUGCAACGCCGCAAGCGAACCCGCGCGCAUUGCCUACUGCGCUCGAGUGUCUGGGUUCGUACGCAUCAUGGCUGGGUUCGCUCGAAGGCGAGGAGGGCGGGGCGGCGGCGGCGCUGGCGGGCGCGUGCGUGCGCGCGGCGGGCGCGGCGCUGCCACACUCGCCCGCCGCCGCCGCGCUCGCGCUCCGCAAGCUGUGCGCGGACUGCAGUGCCCCGGCCGCCGCACUGGCUGCUGAUAUCGUACACGUCACGCAGAACGCAGACGUGGGUCGCGACUUAUGGACGCGGCGGCAGUUGUUGAGCGCGGCGGGCGCGGCGCUGGCGGCGAGCGAGCUGACGCGCGCGGCGCCGCUACUGCGUACGCUCGCAGAUCAGCUAGCUGCUGAACUUACGCAACAGGCUAACAGUCGUGGGCGGGGCGCGGGGUGCGGCGCGGCGGAGGGAUGCGUCGCGCUAAUGGGUGCGCUAGCGCCGGCGCCCGCGCUCGCCGCUGACCUCCUGCGGGCGCUGCUGCCCGCGCUAGCGCUGUUGCCGCAACACCAGCGUCUUGUUGAGCCGAUGUUCAAUAUACUGAAGCACACUCUGUCGUCGUUAAUGGGCGACUGCUUGCCCAUGAUCAACGAGAUCGGCGAGCUCACAGUCGCCGGCUUCACGCUACAUCCUUGCCCGGCCGGCCUCGACGUCGUUAAACUGAUCGUACUAUUCGCGGCGGACGAAUGGGGCGGGGCGUGUAAUGUGACGCGGGAGUGUGUGUGCGCCGCGGCGCGUACGCUCGCAGCGGACGCCGCUGCCGCACCCGACCUCGCCGACGCGUUAUACACACUGCUGCUAGCGCUCACACGCAAGAAACCGCACACGCUAGACUGGAUCAAUCCCGUGCUACAUGAUCUCGUCAACUUAGCGUGCGAGUGCGUACGCGUGUGGGAGAGCGGCGGCGCGCGCGCGGCGUGCGGCUGGCUGGCGGCGCUGGCGACGCGGCGGGCGAACGCACUCCGACCAGCCGCGCCCGCGCUCGCGCAUCAGGCUAUCUGCACUAUAGGCGGUGCGGCACCUCGCGCGCAACUGGAGGCACUAACAGAGCUGCUCCUGGCGCUGAACCGCGCGCAGUGGGUAGAGGUGAAAGAGGGGGAGGGGUUGGGGACGUGGCUAGCGGCCGCGCUCGCGCCGCCCGGCUUCCCCACCGCGCACGCCACGCCCGCGCACAAGAACAAGUUCCUUACUAAUGUUAUCAAAGAAAGAAGCAGCAAACGGCGUCUGUUGGAAACAGUGCAAGAGUUCUCGCUGGCGUGUCGCGGCCUCAUUGACACCGAGUACGCACGACAGACUCUCGCCGCCAAAUCUAUCGUGGCAUAAGCUGCGUUCACACUAUCAAUGAUCAAGUAUACUCGGCCCAAACGUGUACAUUGUACUAUCAGAGAAGUUGAUUCCUAGGCAGA